AUGGCACUGUUCACAAAUAUUUUUUUUAAUUAAUUACUAGAUUAGUGGAAUUUUUUUUUUCCUUUUGUGGGUCUGUUAAUAAAGAAUUAAAGAAAUCAAGCUUCCUUGAACCAAUGUCUGGUCUGGUCCCUAUUUGAAGUGGUCACUACGCGGAUUGACACACGAGCAGAAUUAUCAGUCUCUUCCUCUUCAACGAUUUCAACACCCAAAUAUCUUUCUUUCAAUCUUUCAGCGUCUUUCAAUCUUCGAAUUCCGACAAAUUAGGUUGAUGGUUGUCUCCUCUCUUUUAUAAAUUUCCAUGAUUCGGAAUCGAUCAAGUUCAUUGCUCACUUAGUCCUUUCUUCUGGCUUUUGUUUCUGGUCUGGUUCUCUAUUUUUUAUGGAGGUUGAAUGUUUUGCAUUUUGUAAGAGGGUUCAUGUGUUUGUAUGAAUCCCAACAAAUAUUAUUCUUCCUUUUUGUCCUGUUUUCAGUUUCAACAGCUUGGCCCUUUUGCCACUUCACAGGCUUUAAAGGAUAACAGCUUUUAAAUUGCUUGAAACAAAAGCACACCGCUUUCAGAUUCUCAAGGCUCUUCUUUGCUGACUUUUACAAUUCCAUUCUCACCUCAACAACUCAACCCAAUUUUCUCCAAAGAAAACAAAGCUUGAUCAUCAAAUUCAAUCAAAAAGUGAUACUUUUGAGCUUAAGAUUGAAGUAUUUUGAUCCUCCCAAAGCCAAAAAAGUAAUCCUUUUUGCUCCUUUUGAGAUCACAAGAAGUAAUAAAAAUGCAAGACCCGACGGGGUUUCAACAAAUGAAAGCACCGGUUUUUCCAGAGCAAGAGCAGCUAAAAUGCCCACGAUGUGAGUCAACCAACACUAAAUUCUGUUACUACAACAACUACAACUUGUCUCAGCCCCGCCAUUUCUGCAAGAACUGCCGCCGUUACUGGACCAAAGGUGGCGCCCUUCGUAACAUCCCUGUCGGUGGCGGUACCCGCAAGAACACCAAACGCUCCUCCUCCUCCAACAAUAACCCCAAACGCCAGCCCAACCCUGCUAUUGACCCGACCCGAAACCAAAAACUCCCCGACCCCUCUCCGCCGCCAACAACAUCCUCUACGAUUCCCCAGCAGGUUAUUUUGAACUCGGGGGUUCAGAUUUCGGGUUCUGAUGCCGACUCGACCCAGAUGUAUGUCUCGUCGGUCCAUCAUCAAGAUAGGAAGAUGAUGGAUAUCGGUGGGAGCUUUAGCUCGCUGUUGGCGUCGAAUGGGCAGUUUGGGAACCUUCUAGAAGGGUUGAAUCCAAAUGGGUCGGGUUUAAAAACGGUGCAAAUGGGUGAUUUUGGAGGAAGUUUGGAUUCAGGUCGUAGAAUGAAUCCGGGUCCGGGUCGGGGUCGGGAUCCGGAAUUGGGGGAGAGCAAUAACAACGUGAACACUUAUUUGGGUUUGCAGGGUGGUGGGGAUACAAAUUGUUGGACUGGCGGGAGCAAUGGGUGGCCAGAUCUUGCUAUUUACACUCCAGGUUCAAGUUAUCAGCAGGGAUAGAAAAAAUGUUUUUCCUUUUUUUUUUUUUAAUCUCCCUACUUUUCUUAUGCUUAAUUGUGCUUAUCUUGGUAAUUAAAAGCUAAGGUUGUCAAAGAUAAUUUCAUGAUUUUGUAGUAUUUAAUGAUGCUAUAAUAGAGUACCCCAUCAUUUAACUAUAAUAGCCUUUUUUGUGUUUUAAAUAUUUUUGGGAUUUGCAAUUUUUUGUUGUUUAUGAUUUGGUGGAGUGGGAGAAGAUACGGGAAAUCCAAUCCCCAAAAUUCAAGCUCUAUUUGUUUAAAGAAUAAAGUUUGUCUUUCAAUAGCUAGACAAGUUUGAACUCUCCCCUUCAUUGGGAUAUCGUUUGUUAUUUCAAUGUUGCCCUUUUUUUCAAUUUGUCAAGAGAGCUAGACAAAAUUGAACUCUCCUCUUCACUGUGAUAUUGAUAUGGAUUGUUAUUGUACCCUUUGCUUUUUUAACUUGUCAAGAUUCAAUAUUUAUUUUAA